AUAUAGGUACUUAUCGCGUGCGAGUGCGCGCGCUCGUGUAAUUCGUGUUUAUUGCUAUUCCCGUCGGUCGGUCGGUCGGUCCAUUUAAAAGCGUAUAUUCUUGACGUGUGUCCCCUUUGCCGAUCCGCGCGGGUCAGUUUGAUAGCAUUUGCAGCGCGCACGCAACGCAUUUCACGCCACGACGCGCACCCGGAACGGAUUCGAGACGAUAUUCAAUCAUCGCAUUGACGUUUUUUAUAAACAUUAUAAUACGAUUUUACGCGUUUCGCACGUCGGCCGGCUACCGAACACAAACACGAGUACAAUACAUAAGACGUGUAGUAUAUAAUAGGUAUAAAUUAUUAAAAAACUGCCCUUCGCGACAGAUUUUCGUUGCACGCGGUUCUCUUUUCAUCUUCUCGGAGAGGUGAGACCCGUCGGCUCGCGGUCUUCGGCGCGUCAUAGGCAUUUUCGUUUUUUUUUUUUUUUACAACCCGUCGCGCACCGUGCGCGGGACCCGUCGUACGGUUUAAUAUAAUAUUAUAUAGUAUUUUAAGUUCAACAUAAUUGGUGUAAUAGUGCGCUUACCGCGAAAGUCGAAAAGUCGUUAUUUACAUCGAUCCGCCGUCGUCUUCCAAUCACAGUGGACCGCGAACGAGGACUGAAACGCCGCCGUCUCUUGGUCGUAACGUAGUCGUCGUCGUCGUCGGAUGAUGUUCAGGAUGCAGGGAACGGUAUAAUUAUUGGUCGUAGCUGUUUCAGCAUCAAUCCGCCGCCAGUCGUCACACCGCACGACAGCAAUCGUAUUAUAUUAUUGACAUCCACUACGACAUUCGUCCACGGGACAGAACGGUCGUCGUCCCGGCGGAACCCUCACCGGAACCAAACACAAAACCCACAGGUACAUCGACACCCGCACCAUCAUGAACUGGUCGCGUCUGUGCUUCCUGACGGUCGUGUCCGCGUUCGUCGCGACCGGCGUUUCCGGCUCUUACAUACUGGAAGACACGCCGCUCCACUGUUCGGUGCGACGGAGCAUAUCGCCAUGCACGUGCAGCUACUUCACCGGCAUGGUCCGGCCCAAGAUCAUGGUCAUCUGCCAGAAGAUGGAGUCGUUCGAGAGCGUCAUUGGCGCGCUGCAGAACAAGUUCGACGCGGUGUUCGACUACGUGCUCAACAUCGAAUACUCGGAACUCCACGACCUGGACACGAGGCGGUUCAACGAGUUGGGCUUCCCGAUUGUCGACCUUAAGCUCACUAAAAAUAAUCUCAGCACGCUACCAGACGAAGCUUUCAUUGGUAUGAACAGGAUACGGAUCCUGUACUUGUCGGACAACAGACUCUGUGCAGUUCCCACUCAGAUAUUCAAACACAUGCCCAGUAUCGAGGUAUUGGACUUGGCCAGGAACUCCAUACACAGCGUUGCGUCUGGAGACUUUCAAAGCCUGUCGUUGAUGAAUACAUUCGUGAUGGCCACAAACAAUUUAACCGAUAUAACGAACGGAUCGUUUCCCACGACGUUGAGAAAAGUCCAAUUGGCCGCUAACAACCUGACGGAAUUGAACGGAAAUUUGAGAAAUCAAAAAGAACUGGAAUGGCUGUACCUAUCUAAUAACCGGAUAAAAAAUCUUGACGGAGAAUUGCCAAUCGACAACGACAGACUUAUAGUCUUGGACGUAUCCAGAAAUAGGUUAACUCAUUUGCCACCAGAACUCAACUGUCUCAAGGCGCUGAGGUAUUUUUACUGUGCAUCCAAUCAGUUGACAGGACUAAACAAAACGCUUUCCAAAUCAAGAAAAUUGGUUUGGCUAGAGCUCACCGGUAACAAGAUACAAGAGUUGGCAUCCGACGAAUUCCAAGAAGCAUCAAUGAUCGAAGUAUUAGAACUCAGCAAUAACUGCAUUAAACACCUGAACAAAUCGCUGUUGCCACUCACUCAACUAUCUGAAAUAAAUUUGUCCUACAAUAAAAUCAACGAAUUCUCGUUAACUGAAAUCAAGGGAUUAAAGGAACUUAAGUUGGUCGAUCUGUCACACAAUACGAUUUCCAAACUCAGUGGCCAUUCUGACAUUAUAAGUGAACCAGUGACUGGUAUCGAACACUUAAAGUUGGACCACAAUGAGUUGGAUUCGCUCGGUGGAUCAUUGAUAGGUAUCAAAACACUUGUCAAACUCAAUAUAAGUCAUAACAAAUUCACCGAAAUUUCACCGUACGAUCUGACCGGAUUAAAUUUAAAAAUCUUAGAUGUAUCCCACAAUCUGUUACACAUACUCCCAGACUCGUCUCAGAUUCAUUUGCCAGCUCUUGAGACAUUAGUAGCUUCGUACAACGUUUUGACCGGUUUGUCAAAAGACUUCCAAGGAUACCCUGUACUUUGUCACGCCGAUCUAGAGUUUAACAAUAUAAUGACCAUUCAGGAAGAGUUGGUCGAAAUGACCCAAUGCAAAUUGCACGGAGUGAAUAGCACGUUGAGAAUAUACUUGGAAGACAACCCUGUGCUGUGUGACGACAAGACAAAAAUCAUAACGAAGGCGAUGGAGUUGAAAUACAACGCGGAAGUCAGUGGCACAGCCAAGUGCAUUCCCGUCACAAAUGACAUAAAAAUUUCUAACUUGACCGAGAUCGACAAGUCACCAAUUACCGUGAUCGUGGCCUGAUCAUCGUCAACUAUACGCGUAUUAUAUCUUUGAAUUAAUAUUAUAUAUGUUUCCGUGUUAAUAUUAUAAUUUUUAUUUAUAUAUAUAUAUAUACAAUUUCUAUAUUAAUUGUUUUUACUUCUCUGUUGAUUAUACUAUUUUAUUUUAAUAAUUUUUCUCGUCGUCCCUCGGACCUGCAAUACUAUAUAUAUAUAUGUAUACGUGAAUAAUAAUAUGUGCUCUGCACUGUCAUCACGAACCUUAGAAAGCCUAUAUAUAUUAUAUAUAUAUAUAUAUUAUGAUUAAUAUAGAUACUUUUGUAAACGAAGCGUAACGUAUAUAUUAUAUGCUCUGUUCACACAGCUAUCUAGUCUAGCUUGUAUCGCGACUAUAUAAUAAUAUUCUUAUGAUAUGUUAUUAUAACGAUAAUAGUCGUAAUAAUAAAAAUAUUGUAUAUUAUUAUAGUAUUAUUAUUAUCAUUAUUAUCGUUUUCUAGAUCAUAAUUAUUAUAUUGUUAACGAAUAUACAUAUAAUAUGUGUUAUAACGUGGAAAGGGAUUGGAUCGUAUACAGUAGGUAUAUAUAGUGUAUGUUCUGUUUAUUAUUAUUUUUUUCACUUUUUCCUGUAAUAAGGUGUUCGUAUGAUUGUGUCACUCCGCUUAGACUUAAAUAAUAAUAGUAAAAAAAAAAAAAAAAAUGUUAGUGACCAUAAAACAAUGCAGCGUGUUAUUUACUACAUACAAUAUGACUAAUUGUUGGUGCGAAAUCAAAAUUUGCAGAUAGAACUUUAAAAUCUUACAACUACUUUAUUGUUUAUAUAAAUGUAUGUGAUUGCUAUUAUUUUUCAUUUUAAUGUUUAUAAUUGUUUUUUUUUUCUAUAUACUUAAACUAAUAAAAUAAUGUUUAACUUUCA